AUGGGGGGACGUUAUGGAUUGGGACGUUUUUUUCGUGACGAAGUUUCCGAGCGCAUCGGUUCACGAUUCACACAUGGCCCUUUCGAAAGAACUGGAAAUUCUACUGAGAACGAAUAUCGCUGGUGGCCGCAAGUACCAGAAAGCUUUAACUUUUCAGAACCAUCUCAAGGUUUGCUGUGCGUUUACCUGGAGGGGGAGGAAGAGCACUGUGGUCUUAAGUAUACUAGAAAGUAUGCUUCAUCCAGUGUGCAUCAUUUCGUAUAUCUGAAGGGCCUGACAACACCCUGCGGCUGCGCGUCGAGCGAUUCUAUCGCAGAAGGCAUGCUGCGUGUAUGCCCGAAGUGGGAAGUGUGUCAUGGUCUGGAUCAGCUGGAUCCCAUCAUGCCAUGCGAUGUCAGGAGUAAACAAAACCUGCUUACAAAUCGGAACCUGGAUGAAAUACGGGAGAUUGCUGCUCAAGAGAGAAUCCAAGAGAAGAAGAUCAAUCAUGAAAAGAAAACCAUUGAGUAUGUUGCAGUAGUUGCAACUGCAGAUGCUUCUCGGAAACAUUUUUUGGCACAAUCAACUGAGGCCAACAAACGACUGAAGACAACCAGUUGUGACUCUGCCAAUGAAGUGUCUGAACAAGGGGAUCCCAAGGAUACAACAGAGUUGUCUGGUGCUGGUGAUUGUGAAGAUAAUUAUGAUCAAGAUGCUCUUGAACGGAUGAAUGAGCAAGAUGCUCUUGAACAGAUGAAUGAACAAGAUUUUGAGAUAGUCUUGAAAAUAAAUGAUAAAUGCAUUCGAUCCAUCAUGAAUGAAUGGCAUGAAAAAGCCAAAUAUAUCCCAAGUAUCCAUAAGCAGGA